UGGAACACGCCCAUGGUCGAGUUCAAGCGCGGUGUGGUUUACGAAGAUGGUCGCCUCGACCUGUGCAAAAUGGUCGUCGGGCCGACACAUGUCGAGAAGUUACUUGACUCCUUGGAGAAUAAUACGAUGAUCACACAAUUUUUACUCGGAAAUAACGUGUCUUCAACCACUGGUGCUCGGCGAAUCGCUAAGUUCAUCGCAGACCAUCCAGGUCGGAUUGAAACAUGGUAUCUAGCUGGCAAUCACAUCCGACCUCCGAGCUUCAAAUUAUUGGUGGACUCCAUGAUUUGUAGUUCCCGUAUCACAAACAUCUGGCUCAAGCGAAACCCUCUGACCUCCGCAUCGGUGUUCGAUAUUCAUCGCCUUAUUACGAACACACCCAAUCUUCGUACCUUGGACCUUGAAAACACAGAGCUUGGGGAUGUAGGCGUAAACCAGCUGUUCUCUCAGCUAACGGGGAAGGAAGUGCCCCUUCGGAAUCUAUACCUGAACUCCAAUGGGAUCGGAGUCAACGCCUCAAAAUCUCUCGCAUCAUUCCUCGCACAUCCCUCGUGUAAACUCGAGUCCCUCUAUCUUUCGUCGAACCCCAUCGGAGACGCAGGCGCCACACACCUCGCUGCAGCGCUGAAGAGCAAUACCUCUCUUAUUCGCAUCGCUUUCUGCUCAGCUGGUCUCACUUCCAGGGGCAUCGCCGACCUUUCCUACGCACUCUCAAAUCAUCCUUCCAUUCGAGCGCUCAUGCUCGCUGCGUCGAUGACCACCGAGGCACAUCGUCAGCGCUUUAACCACAUAGCGGACAGCGCCAUUCCCGCCCUUGUGGCUCUAAUGAGCAAUCCAUCCAUGCAAUUUCUGACGCUGGGUAGGGUUGCAUUUUCGGUGGAUGGCUGGGAGACGGUCAAAACAGCGGUCGAGGAUACCAACAUCUGCGAUCUUGUAGCGCAUAGGCUGCAUGCACCCGGGGAGGCACCGGAGUGCUCUUUGACUCUGCGCAAGGCGUUGGCAGCAAAUGUGAAGAGGCUAUAUCCGAAGGAAGAGAACUAUGAAACGUUCGCGUCUGGUAUGGGAGCACGGUCAUUGUAA